UGUAGCUGCCAAACCUGGCGCAAUUCUCACCAUGCGUAGGAAAGCUGGAGAGGCAUGCAACUCUCACCGCUUUCAAUGGCUUCCAACGCCUCGUAGCUGGACAGGAGCAGAUCUUCGAUUGGUCAUGCAGCGGAUGGAUAUGCAGCAUGCAUGCACGCAUACAUGCAUAUCGCUGGUGGGCGUCGUGGAUGCAGGCGGCUUAGCUCAACGGUAAAGAUCGCUGGAUACGGCCAGCAUGCAUUAGCGAGCUCCACCGCGGCCGGGCAGGCUCGAAGCCGGCCGUCUGUGCGUGGUUUGUCCCGCCGGCGCGUUUAAGCCUGGUUCGCCUUUUGUUAUGUGCCCUCUUUUUAGUUUCAACAGGUGGCCUUUUUCUGUACUCCUAUUUGGUUUCAUAUCGUCUAUCUUCUUCUCCUCCUGUAUGAAUGAAAAAUAAGCGAUUUUCUUGUUGGGUUUCAUCAUCAUCAUCAUCAUCAUCAUCAAAAGGGAAGAAGAAAGAGGAUCAGGCUAUACACAUCUAAUCAAGAUAGCAUGAACGUCUGGCACGACAGCACAGAACUCUCGUGUGCUGAUGCCUAAGGGAAAGAUUGAAACUUUAGCCAAACAUGUCUCCUCUCCAAUUCCAGGUUGUCCGCAUUUCUCUUUUAAGCUUGUUUUUUUCAUAAUUUUCUUGCACAGUAUCAUCUUAGAUUUGAUUUUGACGAUGAUAAUUUUCUUUUUCUCUAUUUUCGAAAUAUGAUUUUUUUUUCGUGAUGCUUUACAAGGUAUUUCAUACAAAGUAAAUUUUUAGAACGUGCAAAUAAAAUUGAAACAGUACUCUUUUUUAUAGAACCAUCUUAAUAUCUUCUUGAGAACAUUCUGAGAUUUAUUUUUGAGAUGUACAGUAUUAGAACUAUUUUUUUGGAGGGAAUUAUGAGAACUAUAUUUUGUUAAGGGGUAAUUAUGUGAACUAAAUGAAACGGCACUGUGUGCUAUAUUGAUAGGAAGCCCAACCCCGUAUGAAGAGGUCGAUUUGCUCUUAGCCCAUCCUAGUUAACUAGCCUUCUUAAACCGGCAAAUUCCUGCUUGGCGCUUCAGGGGCCAAAUACAGGCAAAAUGGUACCUGGUGCACUUCCUUCUUAAUAGGACGGCCCAUAUAGGAGCCAUUCGACUUGGUUUUCGCGAAAGGCCCUUUCGGUUGUGGAAAGCUUCUUUCCAACCGGUUUGUUUCUUCUUCUAUGUGCUGGUGACUAAUGGGCCGACCCAAUCAAUCCCGGGAUGCUGAUUUUAGGAAACCUCGCCAGGCCCAAUCAAUGCCACCCUUUCUCCUCACCACGACUUUUUAAGACUUAAGAGAGAAGGUGGGUGUUCAAGGGUUUGCCAUGGCGGGGAAGGGUAGCAGGCACGGGCGCGGCCGCCCUUCCGGGCACGCGAUCAGCGCCGCUCCGGCGGCUGGCCCCUCCUCGUCCGCAGCUCCGUCGUGCGAUCUCCUCUCCUCACCUUCGGAUUGGCCUACCCCAAUCCCCGCUGCAGGCCUCUCGUCGCCAUGCCAAUCCAAGCCCACGUCGCUGUCGUCGCCGGCCGCCAACCAAACCAGGUCAGCUGCGCCGAUCGAUCCAGCAGGCUUGUCCAGAGCAAGUAUCACUACCAGAUCUACUGAUGCCGGCCCUAGGGCUGCGGCUCAGGGAGCCUCGGGGCCCGUCCGGGCUGCGGCAGCCGAACCGCCCGAUCUAGAUGCAAGGCAAGGGGAACAGCCGCUCCCGUUGACCUUUGCUGAGGCCGUGAAGAAGCAACCCUCUACAGCACGUGAGCGCAGCUAUACACUCUCCGACAUGUUCUAUGGUCUCCUCAAUUCUAAUAGGGUUUACUACGAAGACCAGCUAAAUGCGACGGCCAGCCUGAACAAGAUUUGGGGGAGAUCAGAGCCAUAUUAUCUAAAAUUCUCUUACAGCAAUAUGUGGGAAAUGAAAGCCGACGUUGAUCUGAUAAGAGCUGCCUCUAACAGCCGGACCAAUAUUGACAGAUGGCUACUACCCAUUGCUCGACAAUUCGUACGGAAGUUCUUAAGCGAUAAUGAUUAUCUAAUUGAGGAAUCAACAAUUAAUGGGACGCGCUUGUCUUUUAGCGACUUUCCUGAGAGAAUGCAGAUGUUGGAGGACUUCAGAAAAAAUCAUCCUCUUGUGCAACAUGUGCCUAUAAUUGGGCGCAAAACUUAUAUUCUUGCUCCAACAUUUCAUGGCUGUCGUUGUAUGGAGAUCUUAAUGGUUGGUAUAUUGGAAAAUCAUCACCAUGGCAUCAGCUGGGGUGGCGAAUUCAGUGAAGAGAACAUUCUGAUCAUUGAGUGGAAAUCUAAAAGCCACCGAGUUGACACAAGAGAUUCGUCUCAUUACGAGAUGAAGAUACUACAAAAGCCAGUGGACAGUGAAGGGCAGAGCCUGCGUGAGGCUAUGGUCAGAGACCUAUGCAAAACUGCUGAGAUAUUCAUACCAUUCUACAGGGUGGGUGAUCAUUUGCCAGUUCAUUUUCUGGAGCUGAAAGAAGAGCUAGAAGGAGCAAAAGAAGUGUAUGUUGGCAAGGUAUGGUACAUGAAGUAUUUGACUCAUCAUCCUGCGAUCAUGCCCUCAGCUGGUCGUAGAACCUUCUUGACCUAUCUGCACCAUGCACUUCUGGAUUGUAAUAACCCAUUGGGAAACAUUAUGGCAACAAAACCGACUGCUGAUCUGAAUGAUUGGAAAACAGUAGUGCAAUCAGAAGUGAAGGGCAAGAAGUGGGGCGACAGGAAUACUAUUACUGUUCUCCAAAAUGUGUACUACUACAAUAAGAAGCCUGGUACUGAAUAUGGAAGCUCGCAGCGUGAACUUGUCCGUUUUAUCCGAAAUGUGCAUGAACACGGUAAGGAACAUGAUGCCAGUGUCAUCUCCAGCUGUGAGUUGGAGUUGUACCUUGCAAAGAAGUUUAGUAGUUUUCUCCCAAGCAUACUUCGGACCCUGUUGGAGUCAGGAGGAAUGGAUCAUCUUCAAGAAGCCUGGUCACAUUAUGAAGUUUCCAAGUUGCUCAAUUUAAUUGGAUACAGGAUCAAAGAGGAUACUAACGGACAAAACCGGUUGUAUUAUGUCUGAGCUGUAAGGUUGCAGUUCCUUCAGUUUGUCAUCAUGGACAGUUCUUGAAGUAACAUAUACGUGCAGAAGAACGAAGGCUCACCUAAUAUGACAUUAUACGAUUAAUGUAAGAACUAACAUUUCGGCAGUACUUGAAUUCUUCCCCAUAAAAAAAGGGAAGAAACUAAGCAUAUGACAACCGGCCAUGCAUUUAACUUAUUUUUGUUUAACUGAUUUCUGAAUUCGUUAGCUUAUUUUACCACUACCAGCAAAAAUUGUUUUAUGUGGUAUCUGAUGUAUAUAUGCGCAUUAAGUAGAUGUGAAAUGUUGUAGAAAUAUACUGUAUUGAGGUGCUGAACUGCCCUGCGUUGCUGAGGCUGUACAAAUUGUUACUAUUUGUAAUCUUGUACUAAGUGGGUAAAGGUGACUUUGGUAUUGGAUUCAAAUAAAA